CUGUGCUCUGAGCAGGGUGAGGGCUGACAGGGCUGUCCUCCAUGUUUAAAUAAGCAUUGCAUAUCACACAGAGUUUUGUAGCCAUGCAUCCACAGAGAUCAUAAAAGAGGUUUUGUGGCUGGCCCUGGCCUAUAUGCGGUCAACAUGGCAGGCCUGGUGAGGGAUCCAGGAUGGCAGAGACAGGGAGCAGUGCAGAGGGGAGUCCCCAGAGGAAUUAACAGAUGUGUGGCAGAGGAAGAGGAGAAAACUGAAGUUAAAUCAGAAGAAAUGGAGAUUUCCACAAGAUCCAAAGUUUCAGACUCUGGAUCAGCAGAACGGGUGACCCACAAACGAAAGAUAUCGAGUCCCUCUCACUCAUCCAAUGGUCACUCCUCUGCUGAAGCCUCCCCCUGCCCCACCAAAAAGAAGAAGAAACCCGGUGCGGUGAGCAGCGGCAAAGACCAGUCAGAACUAAGACAUGGUCCCUUUUACUAUGUGAAGCAGCCAGCACUCACCUCAGACCCUGUUGAUGUUGUACCGCAGGACGGCAGGAAUGACUUCUACUGCUGGCUGUGCCACCGCGAGGGCCAGGUGCUCUGCUGUGAGCUCUGCCCCAGGGUGUACCACGCCAAGUGCCUCAAACUGCCCGCAGAGCCAGAGGGGGACUGGUUCUGUCCGGAGUGUGAGAAAAUAACAGUCGCUGAGUGUAUAGAGACUCAGAGCAAAGCCAUGAUGAUGCUCACUAUAGAGCAGCUGUCAUAUCUACUAAAGUUUGCCCUUCAGAAGAUGAAACAGCCAGGUGAUCAUCCGCGCUUGUCAUCUCGCACCCCCCAUGCAGCUUCCACGCAGAGAAAGACUUUUAAUUGGACUGAACCCUUCCAGAAACCUGUCUCUCUUGAACAACAUCCAGAUUACGCCGAGUACAUUUUUCACCCUAUGGACCUUUGCACACUUGAGAAGAAUAUUAAAAAGAAAAUGUAUGGCUGCACAGAGGCCUUCUUGGCAGAUGCAAAAUGGAUUUUGCACAACUGUAUUAUAUACAAUGGAGGUAUGUUUCAUUGUGCCGUAUUCCCCGGGGCGCUGCGAGGAGACGCUGUGAUCAGGUUUCAUGUCAAGCGUCUGAGGCAUGAUCGCAGGGAAACUUCAAGUAAAAACUGCAAGAGCACAGAGUGGAGAUGA